AUUUUGGUAUAUUUUAUACUCAGUGCGCGGUCACACUGAUAUUUAUACAAUACAAAUACAUCAAAACAAAACAAAACAAAACAAUAAAAACAGAUGCACAUCUCAUCGUCAUUUGAUAAGGUCAUACAGUAUGAGUCUCACACAACCAUUGAAACGUUUGUUCCAUACCACUUUUUUGCUGCGCAGCACCAUAAAACGAACUCAUCCCUCGGCGGAUCGCAACUCUCAGCCCAUUUCGGAGGCGUUGCUGGCUCAGGUUGACAAGCAAACGUCGCAGCUGCGUCUGCUGGAGAUAGCCUCUGGUUCGGGGCAACAUGCCGGGUAUUUGGCGCCAUUAGUGUCCAACAUUAGCUAUCAAACAACAGAAUAUGAACGCCGGGACUUUGAUUCAAUUGCUGCCUAUGCAGCUGACUGUGUCACAGGCAAUAUUUGUGCUCCGCUCUUCGUGGACAUAUCGCAGGACCUAUCGGAUUGGGAGGCCAAAACACUGGAGCAUGUGAAGCCCGCCAGCUAUGAUUACAUGUUAAACUGCAACAUGAUGCACAUCAGUCCGUGGAAUUGUUCCAUUGGCCUAUUUCGUGCAGCGGGUCAAUUGCUUAAGCCCGGUGGCAAGCUCUUCACCUAUGGUCCAUAUGCUCAAGAUGGGCAGCUGACGCCCCAAAGCAAUGUGGACUUUGACGCCAACCUCAGGAGUCGUAAUGCCGAGUGGGGCAUUAGAGAUAUCCGAGAUCUGCGACAGCUGGCGGAGUCGAAUGGCUUGAAGCUGAACCGCAUCACUGAAAUGCCAUCGAACAACAAGUUCUUGACUUGGCUCAAGUCGUGAACUUUUUAUGAUUUACAAUUAUAAAUAUAUGCUAUUAGCUACAACUAAAAGUUAAAGUUAAGUUACACUUUAAACUUUUAAUUGUAAGCGUAGACACAAUAUUUUAGGUUUAGAUAUUGUCAAAGAUAUAAUCAAAGACUAAAUUGUAA